UUUACAUAUAAAAGACAAAGACUGUGUGGCUCUGGAGGUGCGGUACCACAAAAGCUGUUACAGUCAGUACACCAUGUUUUUGCUGAGACCUGACAAACCAGAGACAGAACAGGAUGAGGCAAUGUUUGAUGCCAGUUACAAGCUGUUCUGUGAGAGGAUCAUCCGCCAGAGGCUGCUUGUCAACAAUGAGGUGCUUAGAAUGGGCCAGCUGAGGCAGGCCUUCAUUGACAUGGUGAAAGCAAACGAAGGUGUUGAUGCUUCAAACUACAGACAGGAUCUGUUGAAGAAGAGGCUGGCUCAAGAUUUCCCUCAGCUAGCGUUUCACAUGCCCACCAAGCGCAACGUCUGCGAACUAGUUUUUGCUGAGACUUUGUCAAAGGAUGCACUCGUGGACAUGCUACCAGAUCCAUCCGGUACGGAAACAACACAGUCCAGUGAAUUGAGCCAGACAGACAGCGACAAUGAAACAGGGAGAACAAAGUGCCAAACAACACAUGAGGACACAAGGACACUGUAUACAGCAGCGUUGUUUUUGAAAAGACUGCUUAGUGACACUCCUGGCAUGUCAUGCCCAUGGCCUCCCACUUCUGAAAAUGUAAAUGUCACUGAAUCUCAAACUGUUGUCCCCAUUGGACUAUACAAUCUGCUCAGCUGGAUUAUAGGUUCCACUGAGGAGCCAACACUGGAUCAUUAUGUCAACAUUGAUGAUGACGUACAUUUGAAAGUGUUGUCUGUUUGUCAAGACAUUGUGUACCUUGCUUCCAAGGGCCGCAAGCAGACACCCAAGUCCUUGGCUUUAGGUUUAACUGUUCGACAUUUAACUGGAUCAUCACGCAUUGUAUCACUGCUUAACAGACUGGGACAUUGUGCAUCAUGGGACACAGUUUUGAGUCUAGACACUAGCCUUGCCCAACUGACACUAGUAGAAGGCAGAGACAAAAUACCGAAGGGAUUCUCAAAGCGGACACCCACAACACUUGUGUGGGAUAACAUUGACUUUGGUGAGGAGACACUAUCGGGUCGUGGAACUACUCACCAUACAAAUGGAAUUAUGCUCCAGAGUGUGCCCGGCGAGCCUAUGUCCACAGCAAUCAGACAGCCACUGAGAAAGGGAGUUACCUCAUUCAUAGCCCCCCCCCCCCCCAAUGCCUAUACAACCUUACCAUCAGUCCAAAAGGCAAGGGCCACAGAACUUGUGUCAACCAGUGCAGUCAGCGACAUGCAGAAUGGACACCCACUUUGCUGUACAAGCUGA